AUCUGGGCCGGCGGCCGUCGACGCCGCAAAAGCGCGGCGCGGUGGACCAGGGCCACAGCGCGGCGACGGAACGGACCCAGGCGCUCGACGACGAGCCUCGGCGACCUGCGCAGACGCGCUGCAGCGCCGCACGGAGGUCCUUCAAGGGGCAGUUUGAUUCACAACAUCGACGAAGGUACCGCGCUUCCCGCGUCCUUGAGCCGCGCCCCGCCCCGCCUCCACGCUCCGCCGCCCGAGAGCGCCUCGUGACGCGCGCGCCGGCCCCGAGGCGCCGCCGCGCGUCGCGCGAAGGCCGGCGCCGACGACCGAGUCGACCGCGCGGGCGGCGGCUCAAACACACCGCCGCGCGGCCGCGCGCCCAUCACGCGCUCCGCCGCGCACUGCGAGGCCCUCCGCAGGCAUGGCGACGGACGAGAACAACCACAAGAACGAGGCGCGCGACGACUGGACUGGCUGCACCUUCCGGGUGGACGGGCUCCACGCCCCUCCGGGUCCGAACGGUCUUCUUCGAGGCCGUCAUGUU